AUGACUCUGAGCAGUCCCAUGAUGAUUGUGAUAGAAUAUCUUCCCAAGGUUUUCCGUCCUCAACAUCAGUCUGCUGCUAUACCCAGUAAAAUCCUUGAAAAUCCUGAGCAAGUUGAUAAUGGUCAUAAGGAGAAAGAAGCACUGAUUGUGGUAGACAAAGUGGACUGGAAAGGAAGGGGAAAAGCUCUCAAACAUGAACAUGGGGGAAUGAAUAAAACAUCCUUCCUCAUAUUAAACACGACUCAGACUACAAUUUUACCUGCUGGUGCCAACACACACUUCAAUGGAAUAAUGCAUUUUGAUGUGGUUGAGUUGGCUAAAAUGCUCACCAACAACAAGGCAUUGGCACUGGUUACUUGCUUAUCACCCUCGCCAUCGUCGACUAUACUAGGUUUGGCAGAUUCAAAACUAUCAUCAUCUCUGGUUGCUUUGAAUUUUUGGUUCCUUGACAAAGCUGAUAUCAAAACCAGACCCACAACAGAAGUUGACAAUUCUGCUCCAAACCCAUGGAAACUUUGCAGGGUCACCCAGGCAAAGAAUGCCAAGCUCAGCUCCAAACCUUCUGCAUACAACACAAUAGACAGUCAAAUCUCAAGAUCUUUCAAAAUCCCUCAAGCAUCUCUCCCAAUCAUCCCAGUCGCGUUCUUGAUCAUCGUCGUCCCCGUCUAUGGCCACAUCAUUGUGCCUGUUCUUCACAAAAUCACCGGCAACCCUACCGGAAUCACCCACUUGCAGCGUAUAAGAGUCGGCCUCAUUCUCUCAUGCAUCUUCAUGGCCAUCUCUGCUGUAAUUGAAGUGAAAAGAAAGCAAAUCGCUAGAGAUCACAGCAUGCUCGAUGCUGAACCGACACGAAACCCAUUGCCCAUGACCAUAUUCUUACUUUUCUUUCAGUACUUUGUGUUUGGCAUUGCUGACCUGUUUACCUAUGCGGGGCUGCUUGAAAUCUUCUACUCAGAGAGUGUGAAUAGUGCCACCAAGAAUAUCAAGAACAGCGGACGAUGGUUGGCUGGGAACAAUAUCAACAGGAACCAUCUGAAUCUCUUUUACUUGUUCCUUGCUGUGAUGAGCUUGAUCAACUUCUAUAUCUAUCAGAUCACUUCAAGCAGGUACAAGAAUAGGCCUCAAGUUUCGGAAGUAGAGCAAGGGGAUUCCAAGUAUUGA